AUGGGCAACACGCAAUCACUCCUCGAUCUUGUAGCCAACAGAUGGCCACUACUUGUUACUGCGCUACUCGCCUGCGUUUUGGCCGCUAUCGGUCCAAGAGUGGCCAACGUAUUGCGACUAUGGAGUAUCCCUACCAUCGGCGAAGAGCUUGGUAACACGGAAAAGCGCAGACAGGCGUAUUUGGGAGGAGCCAGGAAACUGUACUCCGCAGGAUAUCAAAAGUUCAAGGACGGCGUUUUCCUGAUAACGACCUCGCGAACUUCUCCCACCAUCGUCAUCUCACCUGACUUCCUCCCCGAGCUCAAGAAGCUGCCUGAUGCUACUCUUAGCAUGGAAGCUGCCGUUGAUGAGUCGAUGGAAACCAAAUACACCAAGAUCGAGACAUCAGUACCCAUCAUUCCGCAUACUAUCAAAGGAAAACUGACUCCAUCUUUAUCUCGACUUAGUUUGACCAUCGCAACUGAAGUCAGAGAUUCAAUGAAUCUCACCAUACCACCAUGCGAUGACUGGACAGAAAUCAACAUCCAUCGCGCUCUCCUUCGUAUCGUCGGUAUGGUGUCAGGUCGCUUGUUCAUCGGCCCCGAACUCUGUCGCUCCGAGCAGUACCUCGACGCAGCCAUCAACUACACCAUGGAAGUCAUGGGCGCCCAGCGUGCCGUGCAAAACAUGCGCCCCUGGCUACGUACUUUCCGGGCUCAAAGUCUCCCCGAGGUAAAGAAGCUAUACCAGCGAAUUUCAGAAGCCGAAGCCUUUCUCGACCCCGUGGUCAGAAGGAGAACCGAUGCCAUGAAUGAUCCAUCCUAUGAGAAGCCUGACGAUUUCUUGCAGUGGCUCAUCGAUGGAAAGGAUAAGUUCCCUGAUAAGAAUAGCCAGAAUCUGGCCAAGGUGCAACUUGGUCUUACUUUUGCAGCCGUUCACACUACGACGUUGACGGCCACAAAUGCAUUCUAUGACUUGGCGGCUUUGUCAGACCUGCAGAUAGAACUUCGAGAAGAGGUCCGGGAAGCAUUAUCGCAGAGCGGCGGCCAGUUCACGAGCAACGCCCUGCAAUCCAUGAAGAAGAUGGACAGCUUCCUCAAGGAGACACUUCGGGUUCAUCCUGCAACCAUGGCUUCCUUUCAACGCAAGGUCCUCAAACCAUUCACUCUAUCCAACGGUCAGGUCAUCCCAGCCGGCGUGACGAUAGAGAUCCCCGCGGUCGCAGUCAGCUCCGACUCUAAUGUCUUCCCACACGCAGAGAAGUGUGAACCACAGCAGCUUGACCUUUGGGUAUGGUCGACAUGCAUGUCCCGGAAGAUUCUUCGCCGCAAACGAGAUCAAGAUGAUUCUGGCCCAUGCAUUACUGCAAUAUGA